AUGAAAGCAGUGAGCAUAUAUAGAAGGCAGAAGUUGUAUUUGGAAUUUAUAAAUCUGAAUUUCAAGAGUCAAAAAUCGAGUUGCUGUGAAUCUUCGAUGGAGGAGGAAAGCGUUUUCUCAAUGCUAAACGAUGACAUCGUGCUCGCCAUUUUCGCCAAGCUCGAGGACGAUCCACGCCACUGGGCUCGCGUGGCCUGCGUCUGCACCAGGUUCUCCUCUCUCAUUCGCCACUCCUGCUGGAAGACCAAGUGCUCCAAAACCCUCCCUUCCCUCCUCGCCGAUUCCCCCGCCACCUGCGCCUCCCUCCUCAAGCUAGCCGUCUGCUGCCCCGGCCUCCGCCACGCUGGCGUCGCCGCCGAUCGGGACGCCUCCAAGCGCCCCAAGACCUGCCGGAAGCCGCAUUUGGCUCGCGGGAAUUGGGAUCUGAGGAGGGAGCAGGGCUGCAAGCUUCUCGCGCGACAGUUCCGCGAUGAUUGCUUGUACCUUUGCGACUGGCCUGGCUGCGUCCACCCCCAGCAGAACCGCAGGUACAUGCUCUUCAGAGGGGUUUUCAAGGACUUCAAAACCACCCGCGUUUGGAGAAGCCUCGAUGGCGAGAAAAGAAGGAAGAUUCCUAUCGAGUGUGCGUUUUGCACGUGCCGACAGACUUGGGACCUUCACUCUGCUUUCUGUCUCAGACGAGGUUUCGGGUACCAAAUCGAUGGGGAACCUGUUGUUCGAGCUUAUGUUUGCGAAAACGGUCAUGUCUCUGGCGCUUGGACCGAUGUUCCCUUGUUCUCUUGA